CUGUAAAACCACUGUAAAACAAGCCAAAAUAACCUAUAAAUUAUGUUAUAUUAUGUAUUUUUUAUUUAUUUUUAAAAAGUAAAAUUAAUUAAAUAUUAUUUCUAUAUGCUAUAUAAGUAUGUUUUACCUCUAGAGUUCAAGAUGACAUAGUUUUGAAGAUGGUACAUAAUCCGACAUGGCACAUCAUCCGAUCAUCAACCCGCCGGUCCCGUGCGUGUACCCCAUCCCCGGCGGGGUGUACCCCGGACUCAUGGUGCGAGUCCGAGGAACACCCUUCCCUAACGCUAUGAGAUUCGCGAUAAACCUACAGUGUGGACCCAGAACUGAACCACGCGAUGACAUAGCCCUGCAUUUGAAUGUGUGGUUCGACCGCGACACAGUCGUCAGGAAUACUCUCACCAGCAUGAUGUGGGGGCGGGAGGAGAGUGGAUACUAUCGUAUCGCUAGAGGACAUCCAUUCGAAGUGUUGAUUUUAAUUGAACAUACCAAUAUGAAGAUAGCAUUCAACGGCGCCCAUUUCUGCGAUUAUGUUCAAAGGAUACCUUUCCAGCGGAUUACGCACUUGACCAUCGACGGAGAAGUAACCAUCCAACACAUAGGUUUUGAAGCGGUACCUCUGAGACACCCGCAAGGUCAUGCCCAGCCGGCGCAGCAGGGGCACUACGGGCCACCACAGCAUCCGCAACAUUACGGGCAUGGUCCGCCGGGGCACUACGGCCCGCCCGGACACCAUGGGCCACCGGGACAAUAUGGUCCUCCUCCAAACCGAGGCGGAGUCGGGACGGGUACCGCAGCUGGUAUUGGCGCAGGGGCCUUGUUGGCCGGUGGACUGGGAGGGUACGCGCUCGGGGGCGGUUUCAACCGAGGUGGCGGCGGCGGCGGCGGUGGCGGCGGUAGAGAUGGAGCUCCGCAGAACCCUGAUGUAGCGAAUGUGACACCUCCCACCCUGCCCGGUGGUACCCCCGGCGGUGCUCCGCAGAACCCUGAUGUAGCAAAUGUGACACCUCCCACCCUGCCGUCCGGCAGCGAUCCUGGCGGCACACCUGGCAGCGCUCCUGGAGCUACUCCUGACGCCACGCAGCCCGUUGUUGGUGGGGGGGGACCAACAGAACCCACGCCUACAGCUGACUAUGACAACUUUGACGACUUCGGUGAUUAUGGAGGCGACUACGGUGACUACGACUUCGAUUAAUAGAGCCACGUGCACUCGUAUAGUUGGUAUUAUUUAUGAGCCCUUAAUAAAAUAUCAAUAUCAAAUA